CCCUCCUGACAGCGGCGGCCGCGGGAGGAGGAGCGGGAGUUGCGGGAGGAUGGGCCGCCACUAGGCUCGCACUCGGGACGCGUCUCGCCUUGCGCAGGGUGGGGGCCCGCGCCUGCAGCGUCCGCGGGGGCGGCGCGGCGCGGCGGGAGGUGGCGAUCGGCUCCCGGCCUCGCAGCCACAGCCCCCGGCCCAGCGGGCCUUUCCGCGGGGCCGCCUGGCCGAGCCGCCCGCCCGCCCCGGGUCCCUCGCGGACAGGAGAACGGAAAACUCCCAACUUCCUGGUACCACAGGAUUCUGGAUUCAGCCAAUUGAAUAAAGCCCCAGAGAGGACUGAUAGGUCUUAUUUCAGAGUUCUAAAGUUCCUGUUGCUUCAGACAAUGGAUGAGCAAUCACAAGGAAUGCAAGGGCCACCUGUUCCCCAGUUCCAACCACAGAAGGCUUUACGACCGGAUAUGGGCUAUAAUACAUUAGCCAACUUUCGAAUAGAAAAGAAAAUUGGUCGCGGGCAAUUUAGUGAAGUUUAUAGAGCAGCCUGUCUCUUGGAUGGAGUACCAGUAGCUUUAAAAAAAGUGCAGAUAUUUGAUUUAAUGGAUGCCAAAGCACGUGCUGAUUGUAUCAAAGAAAUAGAUCUCCUUAAGCAACUCAACCAUCCAAAUGUAAUUAAAUAUUAUGCAUCAUUCAUUGAAGAUAAUGAACUUAACAUAGUUUUGGAAUUAGCUGAUGCUGGUGAUCUGUCCAGAAUGAUAAAGCAUUUUAAGAAACAAAAGAGGCUAAUUCCUGAAAGGACUGUUUGGAAGUACUUUGUUCAACUCUGCAGUGCUUUGGAACACAUGCAUUCUCGACGAGUCAUGCAUAGAGAUAUAAAACCAGCUAAUGUGUUCAUUACAGCCACUGGAGUGGUCAAACUUGGGGAUCUUGGGCUUGGUCGGUUUUUCAGCUCCAAAACCACAGCUGCACAUUCUUUAGUGGGUACACCUUAUUACAUGUCUCCAGAGAGAAUACAUGAAAAUGGAUACAACUUCAAAUCUGAUAUCUGGUCUCUUGGUUGUCUACUAUAUGAGUUACCAUGUAGCUAUAUCAGUUUCAUUGGGAGCAUUUUACAGAUGGCUGCGUUACAGAGUCCUUUCUAUGGUGACAAAAUGAAUUUGUACUCGCUGUGUAAGAAGAUAGAACAGUGUGACUACCCACCUCUUCCUUCAGAUCACUAUUCAGAGGAACUACGACAGUUAGUGAAUAUGUGCAUCAACCCAGAUCCAGAGAAGCGACCAGACAUCACCUAUGUUUAUGACGUAGCCAAGAGGAUGCACGCGUGCACCGCAAGCAGCUAAAUAGGUGGAAGAUCAUGAAGAACCUAACCAAAAUAAUUUAAAGUAUUUUUGUGCAAAUCAUACCUCCCCGUUUUUGUCUGGGUGUUAAGAUGAAUCUUUCAGAGCUAAUGUGCUUUGAAUCCUUAACCAGUUUUCAUAUAAGCUUCAUUUUGUACCAGUUUAAGUCGCCUUCUUGCAAACCCCAAAUGACUUUGGAUAGUCAGAUUGCAUGUUAGGAGAGUAAAUGAAACUUAAUGGUUUUUAAUGGCUAAAGGUUUUUAGAAUUAUUUAGAUUUUUUUUUUGCUGAUAAAUUGUGUUCAGAUAGACUCUCAGUGCCAAAUAUUGAAGGUGCAGCUUGGCACUCAUCAAGAUAGACUUGUAACCUGAGGAAAAGUAUCUGAACAUGUGACUUGUUUGCUUUUUCAUCAUUUAUGGACAUUUGAGAUUAACACAAUUGUGAACUUUUGUGAUUAUUUUAUUUUUAAAAGUUUGAAGUAUGUGUUUUAGUUCUUAGCAUUGUAGCUUUCAAAUGUAAUUCUUAAGGUAAAUGUAGACAUAAACUAUUUGAGAAACACUUAAAAUUCUUAGCUUUUACAUUCAAAAUGCAACUCUUAAAUGUGAAAAAAUUGGGGGACAAAAUGUGAGUCAGACACUGAAGAGUUCUUUGCUUUGUUUUGUCUUGUUUUAAUAUCUCUGAUAGUCUCUUUGCAUUAUAGUGGUAUAAAUGAAUCCAUUUAAAAAGUGGUUAAGGAUUUGUUUGGCUGGUGUGAUAGUAAUUUUGAAAGUUGCACAUUGCCUGAGGCUUUUUUGUGUGUGUUUUUAUUAUUGUU